AUGAUGAACUCGUCCUCUCUGAACUCGUCCUCUCUGAACGCCUCUGAGGAGAAUCUGUGGAACCCGUGCCCCUCGUCUCCGUACGGGGUCCGGAUCUUCUUUACCGUGGAGGCCGCCAACUUCGUGUUGGGCCUGCCGGUGAACGCCUGGACAGUGUGGCUGAUCGCACACAGCCCCCACUCCGUCAAAGCCUCGGAGGUGUUCACUCUGAACUUGGCGUUGCUGGAGUGCGUCUACAGUUUGCUCUCGUUCCUGCGACCGCUCAACUAUUACUUCAUCAAACAUGCUUUUCUCUACACGUUCAACCUCUUCUUCUACGGUCUGCUCAGCGCAGGGCAGCCUCUGUUCCAGGCGUGUGUGUGUGUGGAGAGAUACCUGGCCGUGGUGCAUCCCGUGUCCUACCUCAGGUGGAACUCCGUGCGGCCUCGUCUCUGCGCGCUGCCUCUGGUUUGGGGUUUGACUUUCGUCUUCUGUGUUUGCAACGUCUUGAAGUUGGUCUUCGUCUUCCCGGUCGUGUUCCUGCUGCUGCUGCUGCUGCAGGGUCUCUGCUGCGUGCGCAUCCUGCAGGUCCUGCGUCAGCCCGGUCCAGGUGACGGCAGCAAACAGGAAGUGGAUCCAGCCAAGAAACAGGCCUUCGUGACAGUUCUGGUCAUUCAGGUGAUGAUGGUGUUGAACUACCUGCCCACGGUGCUGGCGGUGCCGCUGCGAGGUCGCCUGCGUCGGCACGCUUACCUGUGUCAACUGAUUCCUGCCUCACUCUCUUUCUCCGUGUUCGGCAGCUUCAUCCAGCCCCUCAUGUACCUGAUGAGGAGGGGGAAGUUACCCUGCAGGGCCAAAGCUUAACCUCCUGACUGUAGGACAGUC